GGUUUCUUUAAACCGAUUCCUAGCAUCGGCGAAUUUAAACGGAAGGAGAAAGCAUCAAACGACAAACUCAAACAUCAAAGCAAGCAUAGCAGAAGCAAACAAUCGAAAUAUAUUUUUUUUUUAUUUCAAGACAGUUGUUGCUGUGAUCUCGUGCCUGAGUCCUGUGUCGCUUCUUGGAGUCUUCUUAUAAACCCAUGUUAAAAACUGCCACAAUGGUUUAGCACCAGAAUGGUAUCAAAACAAAACUAAACUAAACUAAGCUGGUAAAUGUGAAAGGAAAGUGCCUGUUGCUAUUUUUUGAAUAGAACUGAUGCAGAGACUGAUACUAUUUUAGAAAGUAAACUAAACAAAAAGAUAUAUCAAAUAUGCAACAAAUAAGUAUGGAUGAAAAUGAAGACACCAAAUCUCCUAUUCGAAGGCUUGGAUCUACUAGAAAACUUCUAGUUUUUAAUAAUAUUAGGCUUCAAUUAAACGAACAACUACGAUGUCUGGAUGUACGCAUGGAAGCCCAAGUUGCACUCCUAACGGAGCUGCAAGAUUUUUUUCGGCGAAGAGGAGAAUUAGAGUUAGAUUAUUCGAAGAAUUUGGAUAAAUUAGCUAAGAGUCUUCAACUUAGGCAUAAAGAACAGAAACAAAAAAGGGAACAAUGGCCAUUAUUUUCAAGUUACGUUUGUUGGCAACAAUUAGUAACUCAAACAAAAAAUUUAAGCAGGGACCAUGUAGCUUUAUCCGAGGUUUACUCUACACAUCUAGUAUCUAGGUUAGGACAAGUUAUGGAAGAUGUUCAACGAAUAUACAAAAGGUGCCGAGAAAUAGGAUAUGAGACACACGAAGAAAUUUUAAGAGUUCUACAUGAACUUCACACAACAAUGAAAACAUAUCACAGUUAUCAAGGGGAACUUAGACAAACGGAAGCAAAACUUCGCACUGCUGAAGUACAAAGAGCAAAAUUAGAAACAUCUAUGUCACAGGACAAACUUGAACGCUCAAAGAAGUAUAAAUUAAUGGAAAAAGAAGUUGCCAAAAGAAGAAAUAAAUAUGGAGACGCUAAAUUGAAAGCUCUGAAGGCGAGAAACGAAUAUAUAUUAUGCUUGGAGGCCUCAAAUACCACUAUACAUAAAUAUUUUGUUGAUGAUUUAUCAGAUCUCAUUGAUUGUAUGGAUUUUGGUUUCCAUAAUUGUAUCUCUCGAGCUUUACUAAUGCAUGUUACUGCAGAAGAAGGCCGCCAAAAGUCAGUGCAAAGUGGUUUGGAUUCACUGUCCGCUUGUAUUAAUUCAUUGGAUUCUCGAUUAGAUAAGCAAAAGUUCCUCGAAAAUAACCAUAGCGCCUUUAUGAUUCCUAAGAAACUGGAAUUCCAGGGUCAUAAAACUGAGGAGCCAGCAGAACCAGAAAUUCAAAACCUUCUGCACAGAGAAAUGGAAAGCCGGUUGACCCAAUUACAACAAAGGGUGACGUCCCUAAGAGCAGAGUCUGAAGAAGUAUGGAAAACUUUAGAAACUGCCGAGACCACUUUAAUGGAAAUGCUAAGCGCCAAGGAUUAUGACUGUAGCGGAUAUUUUGGCGACAAUGCAUACCCAAUAAAUAAACCACCGGAAACUGUAACUGUGAAAGCCAGAGCGGAUCGACAAGAAACGGAGGACUUUUAUCUGACGAAAUUCCGAGAAUAUAUUCUAGGUUCAUCCAAAAUUGCACGAUUAGACGCAAAACAAGAAUACCUUCGACAAUCUUUGGUAGCUGAAGCUCCAGAAUUAUGCCAGACCAUCCGUCCAGUUUCAAAAACACCUAAACGGAAACGAAUAGGACGCCUACAGCUCAGUGGGCAACCUAAAUUGUUUGGCGGAUCUAUAGAGGAAUACCAAGAAGCCGCCAAUCAAGAUAUUCCGUUAAUAUUACGUUCUUGCAUAAGAGUUAUUAAUCUUUAUGGUCUACAUCAUCAAGGUAUAUUCCGUGUAUCAGGUUCUCAAGUUGAAAUUAAUAAUUUUAAAGAAUGGUUUGAAAGAGGUGAAGACCCGCUUGCGGAUAUGACUGAUGCUUCAGAUAUCAAUAGUGUAGCUGGCGUCUUUAAAUUAUAUUUGCGAGAACUUCGUGAACCAUUAUUCCCUAUAAUAUAUUUUGAACAGUUCAUGGAAUUAGCACAAUUAGAAAACAAAAGAGACUUUAUCAGUAAAAUGCGAGAAUUGGUUAAAAGUCUACCUCGACCAGUGAUGAUAGUCUUAAGAUAUCUUUUUGCUUUCUUAAAUCAUCUAUCCGAGUUUGCUGAUGAAAAUAUGAUGGAUCCUUAUAAUUUGGCUAUAUGUUUUGGACCUACGUUGGUGCCUGUUCCAGACGAUAAGGACCAAGUGCAAUACCAGAAUCAAGUUAAUGAGCUUAUCAAAAAUAUUAUAAUAUUUCAUGAUGAAAUAUUUCCGAACGAUGGUGGACCUAUUUACGAAAAAUAUAUUUCACCGAACACAGACGAUCAAGAUGUGGGUGACUCGCCAUCGGAACAAACACAAGACGAUUUAGAUUCAGAAGUUUGCCCAUCAGAAGAUGAUUCCGAGAACGUAGAAGCUACAGCCCAAUUUGACUUUAUUGCCAGAUCAAAUAGAGAAUUGUCUCUUAAGAGGGGUGAUACAGUGACAUUGUAUUCGCAAGUGUCGAAUGAUUGGUGGAGGGGAGCGGUUAACGGACAGGAGGGUCUUGUUCCUGAUAAAUACAUCUCUCUAAAAAUAAAAGAGGACGAGCGUGACAAGGAGAAGACAAACAUUAAAGCAAGUUCAUCCGAAGAAUCAGUCAGGCGAAGAACUUCCAGUUCAAAUGACUCGGAAAUCACGUGUGAAACAUCAGCGAACAACAUAAAUUCUGGCCGAGGUCCCGUAUGGCCUAGCUCAGAGCCCAAUGAUAAUGCUGAUCCAGAAGCUGACCAACAAAAAAAUCCUCCAGAAACAGUAAUAAUCGACACAUCAGAAGUUAAGCAUAUAAAUUCGAACAUAUCUGAGCCAGAGAAUAUUCAAAAUGAAGAAUCUCAGGUCAUAACACGCGAGAAGGCUGUAAUAGACGAAUCGAACGUAAAUUUUUCGAAAAAUAGAGAUUUAUGGCAACGUAGAGCUAACAUUGAAGCAGCAGCAUCACCUCUUGUGAAAACUCAAAGACUUUCCGAACCUUUUCCUCAAAGGCAAAGUCAUACCCCUGAUCUCGUUAUGGACUUACCUUUGGCAAGUUCCGUUUCUGUUUUUUCUAACUUAUGUUUGAGUGGUUCGCCAGAAGAUAGAGAUAAUACUGAAAAUACUCAACCAGACAUAGAAAGCCCCGAAAUGACUACAGCAGCCGAAACUUUUGCUAAACAAAACCAAUGUACUUUGAAAAAAAAUACAAAGAUACAACUUGACGAUACUGACUUUAUGACUAUAACAAGUCCAGGACCAAACAGAAAAUAUGCAACACUUGGAAGCUGUUCAACAUCAACUUCCACUUUUAAACCUCCAACUAAAACAAAACCCAUGGUCCUCAAAAAACCUGUAUUUUCUGUACCACUACGAUCAGUUUCUAUCGAAAUGGUUUGUAAUAAAGAGGAUCUUCCACCUUAAACACUACUUGUUACUGAAAAAUGAAAUAUUCGUUUAUAAUUAUUUUUUUGUUAUAUUUUGGUUAGAUUAUAUAUAAGUUAACAAUGACGCAUUCAGAAAUCUACAUCACUGCAACACAUUUAAUGUUACUUGAAUGUCAUAUCUGUCAUUUGUAUUAUUGAUUUAGCAAUAUUUAUUUAUUUUACCAGUUAGAAAAGCACAAGAUUUAAUACCUCGGCUAAUGUUUCAUAGCAGAGGCUAGAAAAGCAGCCAUGGCAAUUAAUCUGAUUUUCUGCUGUGUGAAACAUUGAAUUUUUUUUCCGAAUUUCUUCCAAUUUCUCGCAUAAUCGUCUUUUUUUUAUUGAUUAUAUAAUUGCGUUUCAUCAUCGAUAUCCAAAUAAUUGUAUUAUAUUAACAACUGUAGCUAGCUCUUCGUUACUAUGUUUAACGCUGAUAACUUUUGAAUUGUUUGUGUUCACUUCAGUGUCAUUUUUUUUAAAUGUCAAGUGCCUAACUUUCUGAAAUGCAUCUAAUUGAAAGUGAGGAUGAGUUAUUACCUUAGGCUAUUACCAUUAACACCAUUUGAGAUGAAAGACCUGGCGCGAUCAUUUUGUAUACUGAAUAUUAUUGUCAAUUUCAAAUACCAGUUUAUUUUAUAUUAUUUCUUGAAACGUGGCAUACUAACUUAGUAAGUUCACUUGACUAGAGAGUAAAAAUACAUCUUUUAAGCCUGUCAAGUGUCAUUAAAACCUCGCUUUGGGCGCUUUCUUUUAUUCAUCGAUGUAUCCAUCUGAAUCCACCAUUAUGAGACAGCCAUUCCGGUUUUCUAUGAACUAGACAAGAAUAGAGGAAAGCGCCCACUAUGUUAAUAAUCGGCUAUGCAACUAUGACAGUUUAAAGAGAUGGCGGGACGAAUUUGGAAAAGAUUAUAAAGAUACAGACAUGAAUAUUCAUAUACUUAUAAAAUAUUCGUAAAAUGCCAACAAUCAAAUAGCUGGUUUAGGUACUUACCUAACUGCGCUCGUUUUUUCAUGUACAUACCUACUUUAUAUAAAAAUAGCUAAAUUUUAUCAGCCGCUUUCUAGAAGUCUAGCAUUAUACCAACUCAGUUUAAUUUGAACUAAUCGUCUUGGGAGGAAUAGAAGCAAUACAAAUUUACACUAACUUUUCCUGUCAUGCCUAGGUUUGCAAUACACACUUGAUUGUUUUUCAACAUCGAAUCAUAUCACAGCUUGUUCGAAUUAAAACAAAAAAAAUGGUUGAAUUAUUAUUUGCUGUCCUAGUUCAAUUGAACAAAUGAAUUGUAUUAAUUUGGCCAAUACUUCUUGGUGGAACUCGGUAAUCAAUAAUUAAGGAUAAAGUAAACUAACUUCUUUCAGUAUACUAAAUUAGCUUCUAAUAUAGUGGAAAUAUCAGUAAUAAGUUACCUUACUUUAUCUGUAUAUCUAAUAGCUAAUUAAUUAAUCAGGUUUUUUUUCAAUACAAAUGGUUUAAGUUUCAGCAAUGUUCUAUAUAAACCAAGUUCUGGCAAGAGGCUCACAAUUUCUUGUAGUAAAAUCGAUUUGAAACCUCAGCUUACUGAACUCUGGUAGUUAUAGCGUAGGAAUGAUUAAAAAAUGGGUAGAAACCAUAUGUGUUGAAAAUAAAUAAUACAGAAAGCAUUGUAGGGGCAGAAAUAGUGGAUGAAAAAUACUGUAUACGUUGCUGGCUCUCCGUACCAUAAACCAUAGUAUUUUGUAUUUGCUUUAAGAAGAUGCAAAAAAAUUUGCUUAUGUUAGGACAUACCUACCUAUUACUAGGUGGUUGAGUGGAAUAAUGAAAUUAUAGAGCCUAUUUUUUAUGUUAAACCUUGUGUAUUAAAAAAAUAGAGGUUUUAAGGGUACCCAUAUUUUUUAUCGUAUGUACUCAUAUGUUCCUUUUUAUAAAGUUAUAAGAACAUUAUUAUUAGGUAUAAGCAUCAUGAAAUUUAUUUGUCACAGUUCCCGGAGUAAAUUUAACGAGAGCUAAUAAGACUGCAUGUAGCUUUUAGCAUAGGAACAGGAAGGAUCUGUUUUUUGCCAAACACGGGCUCAAAAAUAAGUAUUUCAAUACUUUUUUUUUGUUUAAUAAAGGUUUGUUUUACUUGUGUUACUAAUAUUAAUUAGAUAAUGCAUUUUUUUAAUAAAAAUUGACGUUGACUGUUGUUGAAUGUAAUCGAGAUUAAAUUAUACGCCACUGUACAUAGCUUGUGUUGUGUUGGGCAUACAACUAUAUUUUUUAUAUUGAGUCCUUUUGAAUAAUAUUAAUGUUGAUAUAGCUUUUAUAUUUCAUUUUAAGAUCACUUUAUUUUAGUAAAGCAGUAAUCAAAUUAACAUAUUAAUAUAUUUAUUGGAAAAAUGAUAGUGGAACGUUUUUACAUGGAUAAACACGCUUAAAACAUAUAUCAGACCAAAAAAGAAUAUAUUAUGUGAUCUUUAUAUCUCGCUAUAAAUACCAUAUACAAACCAUAUUAAUAACUACAAUAAUACUACUUAAUUGUAUCUUUAUCUGUCUUUGUGUAUUAUAAAACGAUUGGACCUUGAAAUAAAAUCACUUUUACAAUUAAUUUAAAUUUGUUUUUUUUUCCGACCAAUUUUUGAAGGUUUUCUUCAGUUGAAAGAAGAUUUAGGACGCUGCAUUUGUAACUUACACAAACUGUAAUUUCUUUUUUUGUUCCAAACUAGGGAUCACCAUAGAGGAUAUUGAAAUUGUCUUUAUGGAGUCCUAGAAGCUAACUACAACGCAUAAAGCCACAAAAGGAUAAUUGCUAAAACAUUAUACCAGUAGAUGCGAAGUGAAUAUUCAGUUGGUGUUGGUGUUAAGGAAUCUCUUUGUUUAGUCUAUUUACAAUUUUGAAAGUGCUGACAAAACUGAUAAUUUGGGUAUGGUAUGGUUUGCAUCGAUUUGCGUUGAUUUUCGUUCACAAAAAAAACACACACAAGUGCAUACAAUAUUGGUUACACUCUUACUUGCGCGGGAACUGGCGAAAAAGCGCCGUGAAACUUGACAUUUUUAUCAAGGAUAAUUAGCUGAUCAUAAAUCAGUGACGAUUGUAAAAACUGUCUUUAUUUGAAAAAUUUAUGUGUGGUAUCUUCGUGACGAUCCCGUUCACUAGCGAGUCUCCAACUAGUGAGAUAAGAGCCGCUUUCCAGUAUGGGAGUGUGACGCCCGGAGCUACUCGGGGCGUUGAGCUCCCGAGCUGUACGUACGCGUCAACCUAUCAGCUGUCACAUCCGUGGGUGGCAAUUUAUCUAUUUAUUUCUUGUUAUAUCUCAAGAUUGAACAUUUUAAAAUAUAUAAUUUUGACUCUCUUUCAUUUUUGAUAAAUAA